AUGUCAUCAGUGGGACAACUAGUUCCUCAGGUGACGCGAAGCCCCCCGAAUAUGUCUGUCAUUAAAUUCAACGGACCCCACGUAGAGGGGUCCUUCUGCACGUCGAUCGAUUAUAACUAUGACCCUGUCAUCAGCGUGCUUUGCGCCAUGUACAUUGCAUUCGGGAUUGUGUACACGCUGUUCGGGUACCGUUGCUUCAAAGCAAGUAUGUUUCUGACUGGCUUUACAUUCGGCUCGGCUAUCGUUUACCUUAUCUGCCUCCAGGAGUAUCUGAUGCCUCCAUAUGGGAACGUUGGUGUGGCUCUGUGCGCUGGGCUCUUGUUCGGGCUCAUCACUAUGCUGAUCCAAUACGUGGGCCUAUUCAUGACCGGCUUCCACACGGGUGUGCUGCUCGCUAUCGCCGGGCUAGCCAUCUACGACCAUUUCCUGGAUUCCCGCCCGACUACAUACUGGCUCUGUGUAGUUGUAUUGCUAUGUUCAGGCAUAUUCUUCGCUGUCAUCAACCUGUAUUGGAAGAAAGUGCUUACAAUCUUCGGCACGAGCGUGUAUGGGGGCGCUGUGAUCGCGACGUCGCUCGACUACUUCUUUGAGCGAAUGAUGAUGCUUAAGUGGUUGUGGGAGCGUGCGAAAUUGGAGCCGGCUGUAGCCCCACCCUGCCGCCUAUCCUGGUUGACCCUAGCCGCCUGGCCCGCCGCCGCCAUCGUUGGUCUGACUGCACAAUGCGCCCUCACUGCUACCGGAAUCUACCAUGAACAAAGCAUUAGCGCCCAGAAACGCCACAUGAAGGCCCAACAGGCUCGCCCCGUGACCCGCGAACAACGUGCUGAGAUGAAACAACGCAAGUACCGAUACUUGUACCAGGUCCGCACCGCUCACGGCGAUGUUAUCUCACAGUCGUACGUUCAGGCUUUGCAGAAGAAGGCUCAGUGUGGCAACUGGAGUGGCAGUGGUGGUGGGGAGUGCAGCACCCUGCAGAGUGACUCCACCCACCUGACAGUCCUCGCCGGCUCCGAGCACGCGCCCCCCACCGACUCUGAUGACGACCUGAACCAGAUCAGGGCUGCGCAUUAA